AUUCGUUCUAGUUGUGUAAUGAAGUAUAGUUGAGUGUGUCUGAACGCAAGUUGAUAGCUUGCAAUUGAUUGAAAGUUUGUAGUUGAAAGGUGGUUGUUGAAAGCUUGUAGUUGAUACGUUUUUAAUUCUUGAAAGCUUGUAGUUGAUAGGUUUUAAACUGUACUUGAUAGGUUUUAAACUAUGAAGCUUGUAGUUGAUAGCUUGUAGUUGAUAGCUAAGUAGUCUUCGUUAUCUUGCUUGCUUCUGAUCACACUCUAAAUGUUUUUAACGCGUUGUGUUAUGGAAAAAAAAUUAAAAAUUGUAGUAAGUAAAAUCAAUGGCUUUGUCUGAUUGUAUUGUAGUUCGUUUUGAACCAAAUAUCCUUUAUAGUUAAUGUGUUUGUAAACUAGAGCUGAUAGCUUUGUACUUGCAGUUGUGUAAUAAGUUUUGAUUAGACUUUGGUAGAUAAAGGUUAGGUGGUUGUUAGUUAUUGCUUGUACACUUUUCUUCUAUUUAAUCCCAUCGCAAAACCCUUCAGCUUAAUUAUCUUCUCUUCUCUUGCUAGCUUACAGUAAUAGUUAUUUUCUAAAUAUCUCUUCUCUGUCUUUGUUCCUAUGAACUCAAGGAAUACACAUAGCCAGUAUACUGGCUAUGUAAACCUUCUUCACAACGUAGAAGAAAAUGUUGUUCAGGAAAACUUUCCUUAUGAAAGUUUUCCUUCUAGUCUAAACAUGGGAGCCUCUGAAAUCCCUCCCUUCAGUUCCCAGCAAUCUGAGGCUCCAUCCCAACCUGAAGCCAGACGUCCGGUUCGUCAGGUGAGAAGAAAAUGGACGCCAGCUGAUGAUGAGAUACUAAUCAGUGCGUGGCUGAACACAUCAAAGGAUGCAAUUGUCGGAAAUGACCAGACGUCUGGGACCUUCUGGGACCGCGUAGGAGAUUACGUCGGACGUGCCUUAGGUGAGAAGAGAGAGCAUCUCCAUUGCAAGCAGAGAUGGCAUAAAAUCAAUGAUCAGACCAACAAGUUCUGCGCUGCAUUCGCUGCUGCAGAGAGACAAAUAAGCAGCGGUCAGAAUGACAAUGACGUGCUAAAGGUUACACAAGAUAUGGGGCAUGAUUAUAGUUACACGCAGCCGUCUCAGUCGGACGACUAUGGUUUAGGGGACUCAGCAGAGAGUGGGUUCAGCCAGACAGAAGCUGAAAUUGAUAUACUUUUGGACCAAGCUCAAAUUGAUGCUGCACGGAUUUACUAUCCUCCCCAACCCGAGGUUGAGUUCGGCUUCCCAAAGGAAUGCUACUGUGGUGGCGAACCGCUGACAGCCACAUCGUACACAAGGAAUGAUCCUGGGAGAAGGUUCUAUACCUGCGAGAACAGAGACGAUGGAGACUGCCAUGUCUGGAAGUGGUGGGAUGUCGCGGCAACGGAGGAGAUCAGAGCCAUAUCGAGUCAGUGUCAGCAGCUCUCUGAUAAGGUUGAUUAUCUCUCCUUUAUGAGUGACUACGACACUCAUCUUAACCAGGUAAAGGAACUGCAAAGCGAGACAGAGGACAAGUUGGUUAGGCUUGAGAGAAUUGUGUGUGACUUAGCUAAAACAAAAUCUAGGUUUGCCAAUGGCUUUGAACUCAUUGUAGGUGUUAUGGUAGUUGUCUUUGUGAUAAUAGGCAUGAUUGUCGGGUUUAAGUAACAUGCUGUUGCUAUGUCUUUGUGAUAAUAGGCAUGAAC